GCGUCAUAUGCUUCCACUCCACGUAGUGACAGCGUAUGGUUCGACGUGGCCGUGUCGGCUCAGUGUCUGUGAGCCGGGAGCCAAUAACCAGAGAAGAAGGAAGUAGUGACAGCGCUGCGUCAAUAUAACCUGCACGACAUCCGCGCUCGCCUUCAUACCUUAGGGGACGGUCCCCUCGCACAUUCGACGUCUCGCACGCGACAGCAGACCCUUGGGAAAAAAAAAUGGUGUCCGUUUUGAAUACCGUCGACACCGGCCACGAGGACAUGAUUCACGACGCCGAGAUGGAUUACUAUGGUUUGAGGUUAGCCACCUGCUCGAGCGACAACUCGGUGAAGAUAUUCGAUUUGAAGAACGGCACUCAGAGCCUAGUUGCUGUCCUCAAGGGACACAUAGGGCCCGUGUGGCAGGUCGCGUGGGCCCACCCCAAGUUCGGCAAUCUCUUAGCGUCCUGCAGCUACGACAGGAAGGUAAUUAUUUGGAAGGAGCUGGGAGAGUGGACGAAGAUAUACGAGCAUACCGGCCACGACUCCUCCGUCAACUCGGUCGCGUGGGCGCCGCACGAGUUCGGCCUGAUUCUGGCCUGCGGAAGUUCAGACGGAUCGGUUUCUAUCCUCGCCAACACCGGGGACACCUGGCACAUGCAGAAAAUAACGAACGCUCAUACGAUUGGCUGCAAUGCGGUCAGCUGGUGCCCGGCGGUUGACUCGGGGGCAGAUCCUAGUGCGACUCAACAGAGGAACGAUCCUGUCAAGCGGUUAGCCACUGGUGGCUGCGACAACUUGGUGAAGAUAUGGAAGGAGGAUGGCGAUAGAUGGAUAGAGGAGAAUAAACUUGAAGCGCAUAGCGACUGGGUUCGCGAUGUAGUCUGGGCACCAGCGGUCGGCCCGUCUCGCGCCGCCUUGGCAUCUUGCUCGCAGGAUCGCCGUGUUGUCGUAUGGACUUCCAACGAUUACGCCAGCUGGACGCCGAACGUUCUGAAUGUCUUCGACGACGUUAUCUGGAAUGUCAGCUGGUCGUUAACAGGCGGUAUCCUCGCGGUCAGUGGCGGGGAUAACAAAGUUUCGCUCUGGCGCGAGAAUUCCGAGGGACAGUGGGCGUGCAUCUCGGAACUGAACAAAGAUCAGGGGAAUCUUAACAAUCCGGAUCAACGCGCCUUGUAAUCGUUGCUUUAAUGGAGAAUGUGUAAAAUAAUAUAAAGUAAUCGUUAUAAAUUAAUACGAUUUAAUUGAUAUCGGGGGAAUUUUUUAGCAAAGUUAGUACGAGUUAUAUACCGCUAGUGUUUGAUUAUCGGUAAGCAUUUAUUCAAAAUAUAACAGCGACGUUUAUUCGACUCGCCUUUGUUGCAACAAACACAUUAUUUGUAAAUAUAUCGUACUCUUAUGGAUAUUUUUUUACCAAUAGAAUAUACUCGCAGCAA